UAACAAAAAUGAGAAUGUUAACAGAAGUUCUCCUGAAGAAGCAAUCUUGGGCUCUAUAUGUGACACUGACUGUGGAAGAAGCAAGUUUCCCCUACCAAAAACCAUGAGACUAAUUAUUUGUAUGGAAGAAGCAAACUAUUCGAAACCUGCUUUCUUAUCCUAUCUUUUCUAGAUUUCUGAUGGUAUUUAAGCUUCUUCUUGGGGACCAAGAUAUAGAUAAUAUGAUAAUGCAUUAUAAGCCUAGCAUGUCACUGUUAAAUUUAAUUUUACAGAAAUUUACCAACUCCCUUUCUCUUCUUUGGCUUCAAUUGCUGCUGAUCCUACUGAGCAAUGCUUCAGUUAUUGGUGCAGAACAAAAGAACUAUUACAUUGUUUUCCUGGGAGCUCAUCCUGUGAGUAGAGAUAUAGCACUAGAGACCCAUUUAAAUAUUCUUUCAGCUGUUAAAGGAAGACUUAGCAGCCACCUUGAAGCCAAAGAUUCUAUUGUAUACAGCUACACACACAGCUUUAGUGCAUUUGCUGCUAAAUUGUCUGACGGUGAAGCCAAGAAAUUAUCUGCCAUGGAUGAAGUGCUAUCAGUAUUACCAAAUCAGUACCGUAAGCUGCACACAACAAGGUCAUGGGACUUUAUUGGCUUACCUUUGACUGCUAAGAGAAAACUGAAAUCAGAGAGUGACACAAUUGUGGCUCUUUUGGAUACAGGGAUCACUCCUGAGUUUCAAAGCUUCAAGGACAAUGGAUUAGGUCCUCCACCUACUAAAUGGAAAGGAACUUGUGACCAAUAUGCUAAUUUCUCAGGCUGCAAUAACAAAAUAAUAGGAGCCAAAUAUUUCAAGAUUGAUGGAAGGCCUGAUCCAUCUGAGAUUUUAUCUCCCAUAGAUGUGGAUGGCCAUGGCACACACACGGCAUCAACAGCAGCAGGUAAUCAUGUCCCAAAUGCAAGUCUCUUCGGGUUGGCCAAAGGGACUGCUCGAGGCGCAGUGCCCUCAGCCAGGUUGGCAAUUUACAAAGUCUGCUGGAGAAUUGAUGGAUGUGCAGACAUGGACAUACUUGCUGCAUUUGAAGCUGCUAUACAUGAUGGAGUGGAUGUCAUAUCCAUUUCCAUUGGUGGAGGGAUUGCAAAUUUUGUACAGGACUCUAUAGCAAUCGGAGCAUUUCAUGCGAUGAGGAGAGGCAUCAUCACUGUGGCCUCAGCUGGAAAUGAUGGUCCAGCUAUGGCAACUGUCUCAAAUAACGCGCCAUGGAUUGUAACAGUAGCUGCUAGUGGAAUUGAUAGGGAUUUCCAGAGCACUAUAAGGUUGGGGAGUAGGAAAAAUGUUUCAGGGGCAGGAGUGAGCACCUUCAAUCAAAAACAAAAACAGUACCCCGUUGUUAUGGGUAUGGAUGCAGCCAGAAACUCAUCAAGCAAGGAAAAUGCUAAGUUCUGCUUUCAAGAUUCCUUAGAGCCAAAUAAGGUAAAAGGAAAGAUUCUAUAUUGUAGAUUUGGAACAUGGGGCACUGAAGCUGUCAUAAAAGCAAUUGGAGGCAUUGGUACUAUAGUUGAAAAUGAGGAAGUUCGAGAUGUUGCUCAAAUAUUCAUGGCUCCUGCAACAAUUGUGAAUAGUAGCAUAGGUCAAGUUAUUACCAAUUAUAUUCAAUCCACAAGAUCACCAUCAGCAGUGAUAGAUAAGAGCCACGAAGUAAAAAUACCAGCUCCGUUUGUUGCUUCAUUUUCAUCUAGGGGUCCAAAUCCAUUAUCCCAACAUGUUCUCAAGCCUGAUGUUACAGCUCCUGGCAUAAAUAUCUUGGCAUCUUAUACACUUAUGAACUCAGUUACUGGUUUAAAAGAAGACACACAAUUUUCAGAAUUUACACUAAUGUCUGGGACUUCUAUGUCAUGCCCUCAUGUUUCUGGAGUAGCAGCAUAUGUGAAGUCAUUUCAUCCAGAUUGGACUCCUGCUGCAAUCAGAUCUGCCAUUAUUACCACAGCUAAACCUAUGAGCCAUAGAGUUAACAAGGAGGCAGAAUUUGCCUUUGGUGCUGGUCAAGUGAACCCUACAAGAGCUGUGAACCCUGGUUUGGUCUAUGAAAUGGAUGACUUUGCUUAUAUCCAGUUCUUAUGCCAUGAGGGCUAUAAUGGUUCUACUUUAUCAGUGUUAGUUGGAUUUCCUGUAAACUGCUCCUCUUUGCUUCCUGGGCUUGGAUAUGAUGCUAUCAACUAUCCAAGCAUGCAACUAAGUGUGAAAAGCAACAGAGGCCUUACAGUAGGAGUUUUCAGGAGAAGAGUGACUAAUGUAGGUCCUGCACCAACUAUCUAUAACUAGGAUUAUACCCGUUUGUCCGUGCAAUGCACGGAUAAUUUUUUACGAACUUCACUGUUAACUACAAUUGUUAAUAAUUUAAUAUAUAUAAAAUAAUACAAUGAUGUAUUUUUUUUUGAACGUCUGAUGUAUUUACUAAAACAUACAAUUUUAAUUAGUCAAGCACGUUUUUUUUUUAACA